CUUUCUUGGCAGCGAGGGAGACCUCAAGGAGGACCACUAAAUUGGACGAGGAAAUCAUGGAGGUUGCAGUCUGUUGACAUGGCUUCCUCUUGAAAUCCCUGAACAUGUACAGAGGAGAAAUAUUUGCAUACCCUAUGUAUCUUCAUAAGGAAUUGAUGUGCUGCAAACCCACAUUCCUGGCAAUGGAUGUGGUGUGCAAAUACUGGCCGUACUUAAAUAAAGCUGCCAACAGCCUCCCACACCUGAAACCUCUUACCACUGUAAGGCCGUUCUUGAGUGUCAUGCAUGCACAAGCACACUCCACCAAGUGUGAGGUGACAUGGAGUGGAAAGAACUUAGAAGGAGCUGGUGCAACAGUGGGAGAAGAGGUAGAGCAAGUCAACAGCUACCUCUCCCGCUGUGCCCUAACUACGAAGUACAUGACGAAAGGAGUACGUGUGGACAUGCUGACGGUCCAUGCCAUAGCAUGGAACAAAAAGAAAACUCUGGGCUUACACCACACAUUGUGUGCCAUAUAUGUGAAGACUUGCAAGAUGCUUCUGGCGGCGAUAGAAAAACAGGAAGAGGAGAAGCAAUCCUUGGGGUGCACAGAUGAAAUAGUAUUGGUUGCUGAUGUGAGGGAAUGGGCAGCCAGUGAUAGAAUGGGUACAUCACAGCUAGAGCAGGCCAUAGAGGGGCAUUACCUGAACUUGAGGCAAAAGAAACUCACUCUCUACCGACAGAAUGACAGUGGCAAGCUCCGUCACCGGAUCAGACAGAAAAUUGCCGAGAGCAAAAAACUGCUUUUAAGGGACAUAACAGAAUAUAACUCGAAAGAGCCCGCUGUGGAAAUUAACCUCAAUGAGGUUGAGCUGUCCCUAUCUGGAGAGUGUCUUGCAUGGCCGUGGGAGGUUCAUGGAAGUGCCAGAAUUGAAGACAAAAUCCGGGUUUUCCAGUCAAUAAUGCGGAGGAUGAGGUUGGAGGAGGAGAAGACCAUCUUGGUAAAAGAGAUGGCCCAACACUGCUCCUGGAUGAAGAAAUUGAUGGGAUCUCUGCAAAGUAUAAUUUCAGCAGAAGACACUCAAAAUGAGGGCCUCUCUGGUCUUUGCCGCAGACGCCACAGUGAAAUUGCUGAGAUCCUAAGAAACAGCAUCCACAAUUACAGGGCUGUUUUAGGGCCUCAGGGAUCCUUCCUGUUGUCUGCAGAGGAUCUUGAAGAGGCUGAAGAUCCUGACACAAGUGAGGAUCCAGAGACCAGUGAGGAUGAGGAGGAAGAGGGGGUGUGUUGCUGACCUCACAAUGGAUUGUCAUGGGUUGUACCAUG